AUGGCUUCGUUGCUGGUCUCGCCUGCCGAACAGGACUAUAUCACACGCGGCGUGGAGAAGGGCAUCCGCUGCGACGGCCGAUCGAACCUGGACCGGCGCCAAGUGACCCUGCGCACCGACAUGAUCUCGCAGGCCAACGGAAGUGCACGCUGCCGCACAGGCGAUCUAGGGCUGGGCACCGACGUGCUGGUUGGCAUCAAGGCUGAAGUCAACACAUGGCAGCCAGGCGAGCCCGAGGACCAGGGCUCAAUCGUCUGCAGCGUCGAGUGCUCGCCGAGCGCCGCCCAAGAGUUUGAGGGCCGUGGCGCCGAAGACCUGAACGUCGAGCUGACGCAGCUGCUGGACCGAAUUCUGAACGGCCCCCAGAGCGGCAUUGAUCUGCAGAAACUCUGCAUCAUCCCGAAGCAGGCAUACUGGGGCAGCAUUGUCGAUACGCUGAUGUGGGCGACGCGUGCUGCGCUCCUGUCGACAAAGCUGCCGCGUGUCGUAGUUGAGACCAUCUCGGAUGAGAACGGCGAUACGCAGGCAGAAUUUGACGUUGUCGACGACCCCGAAGACGUGGCUCCACUGGAGGGCGCCGAUAACCUGCCCAUCACCGUUACGUUCAACCAGAUUGGAAAGCGCUAUGUUCUGGAUGCGUCGGAGCAGGAGGAGGCGAUUACGCAGGCCAAGAUCACCGUGGCCGUGUCCCCGAAGCGCGAAAUCUGCGCUGUCCAGAAGGGCGGUAUCCUGCAGACUGCCCAGCGCGUGUCGCAGGAGGAGCUGAAGCGGUUUGGACGCGCUGUACGCGGCGGCCAAGGCAGAGGCGGCACGGGGCGGUGCCGAGGCAAACACAGGCUCGACAUUCCUCAACCAGUUUUGAUUAGCUGA